AUGUCUCUGUCCUCGGCCCGGUCCUUCCUGUCAGAGGCCUGCUAUGGAGAGCAGGAGCUGGACGCUAACUCUGCUCUCAUGGAGCUGGAUAAAGGUCUGCGCUCUGGUAAACUGGGAGAACAGUGUGAGGCCGUGGUGCUCUUCCCCAAACUGUUUCAGAAAUAUCCAUUUCCGAUUCUCAUCAACUCUGCUUUUCUCAAACUGGCCGACGUCUUCAGACUGGGGAAUAACUUCCUGCGACUGUGUGUCCUGAAAGUGACUCAACAAAGUGAGAAACAUCUGGAGAAAAUCCUGAACGUGGACGAGUUUGUGAAGAGAGUGUUCUCCGUUAUUCACAGCAACGACCCAGUGGCACGAGCCAUAACUCUAAGGAUGCUCGGGAGCCUGGCGUCCAUCAUCCCCGACAGGAAGAACGCUCACCACAACAUCCGCCAGAGUUUGGACUCUCAUGACAACGUGGAGGUGGAGGCCGCUGUGUACGCCGCCGCCAGCUUCUCAGCACAGUCCAAAGACUUCGCUGCUGGAAUCUGCAACAAAGUCAGUGAGAUGAUCCAAGGCCUGGACACCCCGGUGGAGCUGAAGCUGAAGCUGAUCCCGAUGCUGCAGCACAUGCAUCAUGAUGCAGGACUGGCCUCCAGCAGCAGAGAGCUGCUGCAGCACCUGCUCGACUCCUACCCCUCCACCGCCAUGGUCAUCGUCACUCUGCACACCUUCACCCAGCUGGCAGCCUCUGCUCUCAUACACAUACCCAAACAGCUCCAGCUGCUGCUGCAGUAUCUCAAAGGCGAUCCUCGGAAAGCUGUGAAAAGACUGGCCAUCAAUGACCUGAAGCUGCUGGCCAAGAAGGCGCCACACCUGUGGACCAGAGAGGACACUCAGACCCUGUGUGAGUGUGCUCUCAGCUGCCCCUACAACAGCCUGAAGCUGGGCAUGUUGUCUGUGAUCUCCACUCUGUCUGGGACCAUCGCCAUCAAACACUACCUCAGUCCAGCACCAGGCUCUGCUCCAGUCCCUCCCAGACUCACAGACCUGGUGAAACUGGCCUUGGAGAGCUCCUACCACAGUAACCUGUGGGUGUCUGGUCACGGGGUCAUGGUCCUCACCAACGUCACGCUGAGUGGACCAGAGGCAGACCUGGGGCUGGAGCAGGAUACUCUUCUGGCUCUUCAGUCUCUGGUCACUCUCUGCAGCCAGGACCACAGCAGCAGCUCUCAGGCCACACUCAAGACGGCUCUCACGUCAUUGGUCAGGCUGCUGAAGGAGCGGCCGGAGCUCAGCCAAUCAGCUGUGGAGUUCCUGUUGGGGCAGCUCCAUGUGGUGUGUGAUUGGUCGCGUGUAUCGAUGUGCCACGCCCUCGCCUCCAUCGCCUCCCACCUGCCCGUGCUGGGGGAGUCCAUGAUGGGAGACCUGCUGGACCUGUACAGGGCCAGCCACUCUGCAACGGACAAGCAACAAGAGCUGCUGGUCUCCUUGGCAACAGUAGUGUUCGUGGCGAGUCAGUCCAGUCUGUCUGUGGAGGUGAAGUCUGUGAUAAAGCAGCAGCUGGAGACUGUGGCCAAUGGGUGGACCGUGUACCGCAUCGCACGCCAGGCCUCACGCAUGGGCUGCCACGCUCUCUCCUCAGAGCUGUACCAGAGCCUGCGCACUCGCGUGGCCUCGGAGCACUUCUACUUCUGGCUGAACAGUCUGAAGGAGUUCUCUCAGGCCGAGCAGUGUCUGAGUCACAUCCAGGACCAGGACUCCAGCGGAGCCAUGAGCGCCAUCGCCGAGGCCCUGCGCUCGUACCAGAAGGGGAUUGCCUCGCUCACGGCUGCCAGCACGCCUCUCUCUCCCCUGAGUUUCCAGUGUGAGCUGAUGAAGCUGCGGAUGGACACGGUGCAGGCUCUGUCCCAGCUUCUGUGCACCUGCAACAGUCUGAAGACCAGCCCUCCCCCCGCCAUCGCCACCACCGUCGCCCUGGGCAACGGGCAGGAGCUACAGCGCUGCGGACGCAUCUCUAUGCAGAUGAAAGUGUGCAUGGAUGAGUUCCGGUCUCUCGCCGCUCGAUACGCAGAGGUGCACCAGUCGUCCUUUGACGCAGACUCUGCCACUCUGAGGAACGUGGAGCUUCAGCAACAGAGUUGUCUCCUGGUUUCUUACGUCAUAGAAGCUCUGAUCCUGGAUCCUCAAGGAGCAAGUUUCCCAGAGUGUGGUGCUGUUGGGUCGCUGCAGACUGAGAGUGAGUUCGAGCGCAGGAUGCUAUCGGUUUUCAGCAAAGUCCUACAGGAAGUGGAAGAUCUGAGUCAGAAGUGUCCUCCUGUGUCCUACCUGCACACCAACUGUCUCUGUAAUGCGGUCAUCGCUCUGCUCAAAGUUCCUCUGUCCAUCGAGCGAUACUUCUUCCAGAAGCUGCAGUCCACGAGUAUAAAGCUGGCCCUCUCCCCCUCCCCCCGCUCCCCCGCGGAGCCCAUCCCAGUCCAGAGCAGUCAGCAGAUGACCUUGAAGGUGGAGGGAGUGGUGCAGCAUGGUUCCAGUCCUGGUCUCUUCAGGAAGAUCCAGUCUGUGUGUCUCAGUGUCACCACCACCUUACAGAGCAAGAGCGGCAACGACCACAAGGUGGCCAUUGACGCCAAAACCAACGAGAUGGAGCAGCGCGUGGAACCGCACAACGACUACUUCAGCACACAGUUCCUGCUAAACUUCAGCGUCCUCGGAACGCACGCCGUCGCCGUGGAGACGUCUGUGGUGGACCAGAGCGGCACCGAGUGGAAGACGGGCCCCAGGAUGAGUCUCUGCGUCAAGAGCCUGGAGGACCCCUACUCCCAGCAGCUCCGGCUCCAGCUGCAGCAGGGACCCCAGGCUCAGGCUCAGAGGGGGCCCUUCCCCCGAUUCUAG